AUGUUAUUAAAAAACAAAUACACAUUUUGGGUUUCAACUCAAAGAACGCAGACAAAGAUAGAUAAGGAUAACUACAAUGACAAUCUUUAUAAAGUGUGUAAUUUCGAAACAGCAGAGUAAUUCUGGAUGUACUACUAAUGGAUAGCUAAGCCAUCAACUAUUCCAGAAGGAUGCCAAAUUUUAUUAUUUUAAGAAGAAAUCUAACCAAUGUGGGAAGAUAAGGCAAAUCAGAAUGGAGGAAGAUUUGUAUUUAGAUGCAAAAAUAAUGUUGAUCGAGUUUGGGAAAACAUACUCUUGAGUUAUAUAGGAAAUUAAUGUACAUACAAUGAAUUUGUCUGUGGAGUGGUUGUUAAUCAAAAGAGAUCAUUUACUUAAGUUUCUAUAUGGGUGAAGAAUAUGGCCUCGUAUUAAAACUAAGAAGACAAAAUAACAUAAUGGGUUAAAGAGAUGUUCGGAAUCAAUGAAUUAGAAUUUGUAUAGCAUCCAAAAAGUUGA